AUGAACGACGAGAGAGAGUUUGAUUAUGAUAGAAAGGGUGAGAAGGGACCAGCUCGAUGGGGAGAGAUUCACCCCGAGUGGAGUGCAUGUAGCGAUGGAUCUAUGCAGUCUCCUAUCGAUCUGCACAAUGGGAGAGUCGAAAUAAUGUCUCAUUUAGGGAGACUCAAUAGAAGCUACAAGCCCUCCAAUUCUACUCUUAGAAAUAGGGGCCAUGAUAUGAUGUUGAGCUGGGAAGGUGGUGCAGGAAAUAUUCGAAUAAAUGGAAGUGAAUAUGUACUCAAACAGUGUCAUUGGCAUUCACCUUCUGAACAUACAAUCAAUGGCAGGAGGCUUGAUUUAGAGGCGCACAUGGUUCAUGAAAGCCUAGACGGAAAGGUUGCUGUUGUUGGGAUUAUGUACAAGAUAGGAAGACCGGACUCUUUCUUGUCAUCCUUGAUAGAUCAUUUACAAUCUGUCGCCGGCACCAGAGAGCAAGAUAAAGUGGUGGGUGUAGUUGACCCGAAGAACAUCAAGAUAGGAAGCAGAAAGUAUUAUAGAUACAUUGGCUCACUCACAACUCCUCCUUGCACUGAAAAUGUGGCGUGGACCAUUGUUGGAAAGGUGAUGACUGUUGCUAGAGAACAAGUGAGGUUGCUUCGUGUAGCUGUUCAUGAUAUGGGCCGGAUUCUUGAGUCCACUUUCAACCAGGUAAAAGUCCUUAGACGACAGCGUGCGGAUUCAUGGCAAAAGUGGGCAAAGCGAGACUGA